AGCGCGCUGCACCCGCCCAGCCCCCCCGCCAUUACUCCGAUUCCCCUUCCCGGCUUCUCCUCCUUCCCCGGCAAUUAAUGCCGCCAACAACCAGAUCCAGCCCCCGGAAACCUAAGCCCCGCAAACAAAUACCCUCUUCCCAUUCUGCCCCUCCCCCGCGCGUCAUGCCAUUCCGCCCCACGAUCGCGCCCCCGCCGCCGCCGCAGCCGACGACGUGGGCGAGCACGGAGCCAUGUCCUUCCUCGACCCGCUCGCCUCGCUCGGGCUCGGGUACGCCAUCGCCAUCGCGCUCGGCUUCCUCGUGCUCCUCGCCUCGGUGCUGCUCGCCUCCUACUUCUGCCUCCGCCGCGGGGCCGGCGAGGGGUUCGGCGCCGGCGGCCUCGGCGUGGGAGGAUCCGCGCGGCACGCCGCGUCCUCCGCCUCCAGCUCGGGCCACAUCUCCAUCACCGUGCCCCGUGUCGUCUUCGUGGCCGAGGACUACGACUCCCCGGGGUCCUCCUCCCGCGGCGCCGCCGCCGCGGCCUCGCCCGUCGGCCUCGACCCGGCCGUCAUAGCGACGUACCCGAGGGUGCCCUUCUCCAGGGCCGCGCUGGGGGCGGACGCCGAGGCCGCCUGCUCCAUCUGCCUCUGCGAGUACCGCGAGGGCGAGAUGCUGCGGGUGAUGCCCGAGUGCAAGCACAGGUUCCACCUCACGUGCCUCGACGCGUGGCUGCGCCGGAGCGCGUCGUGCCCCGUCUGCCGCUCCUCGCCAAUCCCCACUCCCGUCUCCACCCCGCUCUCAACCCCGCUGUCGGAGCUCGUCCCGCUGUCCCAGUACGCUGCUGACCGUCGCCGGAGCAGGUUUGGGUGAUUCACGGGUGAUGCUUAGCAUAUUUGAACUGUUGGGUUAGAGAGCUACCAUAACUUAUAGAAAGUUUUGCUUGGUAGCAGUGAAUUGUUGGACCAAGGAAGACAAGCAGUGUACAUACAUUGUUCUCCCGUUCUAAAUUUUAAUAUAGCUUCUAUCUAGCGAGGUUACCUGUGGUCCUAUAGAGUUGUAUGUGCAAUAUCAGUCUCUGAAUUAUCUUUAUUCCAUUUAUAUGAAUUAUAUUGCAGUGUACAUUCUUGUAUGUCAGCUGUCUUGUUUUGUA